AUGUUGGCUAGCAAGACAAGCACUUCUCCUAGAUCAAGUUUAGCUACAAAGGCUGUCAGGGUUGCACCAAGUGCUACUGAAUCACGUCCUCGUGCUGGACUAAACAUUGUCGUUGGUCCUAGGGAAAAGGUUGUCUGUGUUAGAGGCCUACCAAGAAAUAUAAAAGCUGUGGAAUUGAUUCAAGCACUCAAGAAAUUCGGACCUGUCAAACUCGAGAGCUUUCAAAUUAAAAGAUCAGAUUUUGGAAGUUGUUCUGGUACGUUGGAAUUCCAAUCUCAUGAUUCUGCUCGUGCUGCUGUUGAGACCAGGAAGAUCAAGUUUGGAGAGCAUGUGGGAUUUGUUUCAUUCAAGAGUACACCCCCGCGGUAUGGACAAGCAUAAAUUGGAGCCGAGAAAGAUAAAGAAUCGAGCUCACACAUAUUGUGUGAAAGACUCACAGAACACUAGAACUA